CAACAUGGCGCCAAGUUCCUUCGUUUGGACCGACAAGGAAACAGAAUUGCUUCUAAAUAUCAUUUUGGAAUAUAAAGUUCGAAAGACGGAGGAGAGCAUAGAUUGGGAAUCUUGCCAAAGCAAAUAUGUGUACAUAUUGACACAAUUUUUGGAGCAGUAUCCCGCGGAGAACUCUAACGACUUUCCUCAUGAGAGGGCCGAGUUCACGCAGAGUAUCUUGAUACAGAAAAUUAAGGCUGUGAGGAGCGAAUAUCGUCUGGCUGUUGACAACGGACGCAGGAGCGGGUAUGGCGGAGUCGGUCUUCUCUGUUUCGAGUUAUGUGAACAGAUAUGGGGUGGUUCCCCCGCCACCACAGGCAUGCCGUCUGGCAUAGAAACAAGUGACUUGAAUGACCACGCGUCUGUUCCCUCGCCUGCUGCGUCCUCCUCGUCCGCCGUGGAGCCAUCUGCUUCAGACACCGACCAGGAGAGCAGUGAGACGCCCUCAGGGAGAGAAAGAAGAGACUUGUUCCUGGAAAGACUGAAUGGACAUCGGCACAACCGAAUGAAGAGAAAGCUGCCAGCCGAGACCCAGUGGCUUAAUGCAAUGGAAGAGGACCUGCGUGUGAAGAAGAGAUUGGUGGACUUUUUGGAAACAUCAGAGAAGCAAGCAGCUGAUAACUUUGCUAAACUUUCAGAUACUCUUAGCAGGUUAACUAAAACUAUGUCAGAAGGUUUUUCUGUCCUUAGACAAAUCUUGCAGCCUCCACCCACUCAGCCAUCACACUACAUGCCAUAUGAAGCAAGAGGGCACAUGUCACACACACCAUAUAUACAAUCAGCACAUCCUAGUCAAGCUUUUCAGUCACUCUCAAACAUCUCCCCUCCUGUCAGAGGAACACAGCGGAAUGCAGUUAACACACAAGAUGCAGCUCAUUCCAGCACAACUGCUGGCAGCACAGGGUUUUCUUACACUCAAGGUCUUUACAGUGAUGAGAACUGAUCACAUUUCUAAAGUUUUCUUGUGUUAAAGGAGCUUGAGGCAAGAAUAAGAAAUGAGACGACCAUCGGGGGUACUGCAGCCAACAGCGAAGCCGGCACAGGAGA